ACCAGAAGCGUGCAAUCAGCAAAGGCGUAUGGAUUUUGCAUCUGUUCUAUCUCAAAAGCCAGUUAACAAUUUUCAUUUUCCUCAAAACCUAAGAGAGUUAACUUCAAGAUUUGUUUGCAGAAUUGAGUAUGGAAGCUUUGCGAUACCUAGACGAAUGUGCUUCUCGAAUAGUCUAGGUAGCUAUUAUUGGAAGAAGAGGAAAAAAUACAAACAUAUAUUGGUUAAGGCAAGUCGAAAAGAGUCUCCGUAUGAAGUUUUAGGGGUAUCUUCAUCAGCGACCGCCGAUGAAAUCAAAAAGGCAUAUCGCAAACUUGCUCUCAAGUAUCAUCCCGAUGUUAACAAAGAGCAAAAUGCUCAAGAAAAAUUUAUGAGGAUUAAGCAUGCAUACAACACACUAUUGAACUCCAAAACCAGGAGGCGAUAUGAUUCAAGAAGUGACACCUCAAGUUAUUCAUAUUAUAAUGGAGCAGAACGAAAUAGAAGUGCUGCAGAUGAAGAAGACUUUUAUAGCUUUGGUAGCUUUUUCAAGGAUGCCCAAAUAAGCAUAGCGGACUUCUUUAAGGAUCUCCAAGAAGAAUUUCGGAAUUGGGAGGCAAAUGUUGCUUCCACCGGAAAACCAAAGAGUUUAUGGGAAGAAUUAGCUGAAAUUGGAGAAGAAUUCGUUGAGUUUUUAGAGAAGGAGCUGAAUAUAACUGAUGCAGAUGUAGAAGACGAAAACAACAACGAGAGACCCCAGAAGGGCAAUGCACAAUCUGGAACUAGUAACGAAAAACAAAUGAGAACAGAUAAAGAUAACAGUAUAGAAGAAAAUAUUGAUGAGAUUGAAGCAGCUCUUGCCCAAUUGAAAAAGGAAUUAGGACUAUGAUGGCAUUGAAUCGAUACUCGCAAAGAAGAGCAAUGAAAUAUUGAACAUCUUUUUGGUUGUGCCUGGCUGCAACAAAAAUGGUUCACCUACUUUAAACCUGUACCAGCUGAAAAUCAAAAAGGGUUUGCUUUCUUUUCCUUGAACACCUGCUGUGAUUGACAUUUUCUAUAGUAGCCAUGGAGAACUGUCUGCUGCAUCUUUUGACGUCUAAGAAAUAGCUAGUAUAAUUGAUGCUCAGACGAAUACAAUGAUUUUGGUGUUUCACAUGUGAAAUUUAAUAGCAAACAGGAAGAUACUUAUUAAUUCUUGACGAUGGGAUGAUCGGCAUAGUACUCCUUAAAC